AUGAAUUCAACAAUUUUAACAACCAACUAUUUCAAGACACCAUCAGAACAAUGGAGUUAUAUAGAUUUCUACAAGUAUCGACAAAAGGAAGAAAAUUUUACCUUUAGUUUUAGAAAGGAAUCGUUUAUAUUACAAAAAAAUCUCACGUCUCUUCAAGAAAAGUUUCCAAAAGCAAAAAAAUUACUGGAAAGCUUCAAUAAUCAUCGAAUACACCAUGAAGAAGUUCAUAUGUUCUGGAUAAAAAUUGAAAAUAUGAUUGGUAUUAUGGAACAAGAAAAUCUGGAAAAACAAAGUUCUUUACGAACAUUACGAUGUCAUGUGAAUAUUAGAAGUAAAACCCAAGAUAUGAUGGAGAGUAUGGCUGAUGAAACUACAAAAAGUUUAACUGCUGAGAAUGCUCGAAAACAAUUAUAUUCCAUGACAAAUUUACCAGAUGAUAUGUUUUCUAACACUAAUGAAUAUAAAAAAGCAAUAGCUGGAGUUUAUGAAGCACAAGGAAGAAUCGAAACUUUAGCUAGUCCUUUGUGUUGGGGGAUUCUUGAUUUUAGGGAAGAAAAAAUCCACCCCUGUACUGAUACACCCAGAGCAAAAAAUUUUUUAUCUGAAGCAAAAAUUCAAAAUCUUCAACAAAAUAUAAAUGAAAUUAUUAAAAAAGAGUCAAAUUUAAACUUGUCUUCUCAUGCUUUAUUAGAAGUACUACAAAGCAGUGAACUAUUUAGUAUUCAAGAACUCAGCAAAGAAAAACGUGCAAAAGGGAUGGUGGGAAUACAAAAUUUACUUAAGAGUAACAUUGAAGAUGAUACAAGUCUUCAAAAUUUAAAUAUAUAUGAUGAUGACACCCAAUACAUUGGUGAAUGUCUAGAUGUAACGAAUGAAUUGAUCAAACUGUAUAAUGGAUCUUCUAAUUCAGAAAGAACUGUUGAUAUGAUUUUAAUUGGAAGAUAUGCAAGGGCACCAGGGAUUAAAUAUAUUUAUGGAGAAAACCAAAGUGAUGCUUCAAGAGAAGAAAAAACAAAUCGUUCAAAUUGUUCCAGACAUGGAAAAUCAUGUGAUUUCAUUUUUCUGUAUAAUAACUGUGAAGUUGGAGUUGGUGAGAAUUCAGGUCCAAAAUUUAAAGAUCAUCAUAAUAAAGGUGCAUCUAACUUUAUUGAUGUCAUGAAAGUUGCUAAAGCACAACACAUAAAGAUGAAAUCUCAAUGUAUAGAAGAAAGUGGGAGUAGUUCACUUUCAAUUGAAAUUGAUGAAAUUUUAAAUCGUAUAGCAAUUCCUUUUUAUCAAAUUAUUGGUAUUAAAAUUAGAUUUUAUCUAUUAUUACCAAUAAAUGGAGAUCUGUAUGGAGUUUUUGAGUGGGCUCUUCAAGAACUUCCAUCCAAAGAUGAUGAUAAUCUUAUUAAUAGAACUGCACGGCUUUAUAAAGUGGCUUUAAAUAAAAGCCGAAUUUUCAGAGAAAGUCUUUUGGUUCCUCAACAUGUUAAAAAGUCUGUUAAACUAAGUUUGAAAGUGUCACCAAAAGCAAAAAUAAGACCAUCUUCACCAUCACCUUGUUUUGAACCAA